AUGGUCCAAUCUUCGGGAGCCGCAGCCGGUCGCUCCCCGUCCGGCUCGCGUCCGUCGGCCAUUGACGACGAGCACGGACGGCGGAAGCGACAGAAGGCGCUCGAGGGAUCGGGCCCGCUCGGCGGAAGUAAGGCUGAGACGGUGACGCCUGGUAGCAUCGAUGACGAUGACGCGGCGCUGGCCGUGUUCGACACGUGGGAAGAGACCGAGGCCGUGGAGGCCAAGCCGCCGCCGCCUCAGUCCGAGUGGAAGCGAUGGGUGCCAAAAGGCGUGGUAUUCAAGAACCGCAAGGAGAAGCGCGCCGCUGCUAUGGCCGCUAUGCUCGCCGCGGGCAAGCUCGAGGGCAAGGCCGCAGAGAACGUGAGGGCUAGGCCGGUCAUGUACGCUGCGGGCAAGGCCUGGGAGGACGCUACGCUCCAGGAGUGGCCAGAGAACGACUACAGGCUGUUUGUGGGCGAUCUCGCGCCCAACACCACCAACGAGGCCCUCGUCAAGGCCUUCUCCAAGUAUCCCUCCUUUGCCAUGUCGCGCAUCGUUAAGGACCGCAAGUCCGCCCGUCCCAAGGUCUACGGCUUUGUCUCGUUCCUCGAUCCCAACGACUUUACCCGUGCUUGGAAAGAGAUGAACGGCAAGUACAUCGGCGACCGCCCGUGCUCGCUCUCGCGCUCGCGCUGGCGCGACCGCCUCAUGGCCUCAGACAGAACCCAGUCCAAGCUCGCCAAGCAGCAUGCCAAGCGCAAGCUCAUGGAGGACGCCAUCGCCGCCGGCGGCAUCGCAAACCUCAUGGACAUCCACAGGCGCAACAGUGGUUCCGAGGCUGGGGGAGGAGCAACGCAGUGA